AUGGCAACUAGUUGUACGGCUAGAGGCGUACCGGACGGCCGGUGCUAUCAUAAGCAUCAAUGGGGCGAUUGUGUGAAUGCAUCCGUUUGUUGCGAUGGCGAGUACGUGAUUGCGAGGCAUAUGUGCGGCGGUAAUAGCCUGUGCUGUUUGGGUGCUGUAACCGAUAAGUGCAAAGGGAGACACCGAUCGGACAGUAAAGGCGUGGACAGCACUGUGUGGUCGUACCGGUCAUUAACCCGCAUAUCAUCGUUGAUAGUGUGCCGUAACGUUAGGGAACCGGUGGUCGAACAGGCGAUCGUCUACACGGUGUCAGCCCUUCAGGACCGGGAAUAUUACCACCAAAUGUCGGCCAAAGUGGGCUCCGACCUGACCCGGGCUACCGGCCAGCAGUGGUACGCCAUUGUGGGCGCCGCCAACUCGUACGACAUGUAUCUCAAGCCAUUCGCCGCUUAUAUACUGAUUUCGAUACAAGAGUUGGAGUUAAUGUUGUUUAGCACUAAUGUGUCCGACAGUUAUGGCGCCGAUUACGACGGCCCCGAUUAUUAUGGAGCCCCCGGUGGCGAUGAUUACCCCGAUGUGGGACAUAAUGUUGCUGUGGGACCCGCGCAUCGCAUGCUUGAUACAGGUCCAUCGAUAGCAAUAAUUCGCAACGAACUGAACGACACUCAACGGGAAUUCACGGUACGGACCAUAGAUUUUGCGUUUAACGUGUGCGCCAACAGCUAUACGUGCGUUACGUACAAAACAGUCGGUGCACUCAAUCAGCAAUACGUGGCCCACAAUCGGGCGGACAGUAUGUCGGGCACCGAUGCCGGGCCUGACAACCAGUGGCAGUGCAUUGUCACCAGUAAUACGGCUACCGAUCAACUGGUGGUAGGCGUCGACUACAUGUCCAGUUCGUUACUGGAUGUUAUUUAUGGCAAUAGACAUCGUGUGGUUGUAUUCAAAGUUGAACAUGUUCACAGAGUACAGAAAUCAGAACUGACUGAAUGGGAUUUAAUAAAAAGUGCCCGUAAGAGUAUCCAGCUGAAUAAAACAAUAAUUAUGGACCAAAACCUCAUGGCGCCCGCAAAUCACGGGCGGCUAAACAGUCGAUCCCUACCUUUUCCGGCCUUUAAACAGCCACAAAGCUUAACAGCUCUGGCUAUGAAAGAUAUACGUCGGGCUGUUAUGACCCAAACAAAGUACUGGUCUAUAUGUCAGCGGUUGACACACGGGGGCGAUAUUCCGGGCCAGUUAUGGUGGGCCGAGUGUGUGGCCGGCGCUCAGCACACGUUCUCCAGGGCUGUCGCCGAUAAUCGUUACGAUAAACACUAUUUGAUUGUUAAAAUGGAUUCACUGGUCAUCAUAUUGUUUCAGAAAGUGCCUGAUGCUAUUGUUGAGUCUAAGCAUAUUCGUGCUGGCUAA